UGAACAGCAAAAUUAAAUAUUGGGAGGACUACACCUCAACCCUCAUGCUCAAAAGUACACCUUCCAGGAAGAUAGAAGACAUAAUUUUAUUUAUGAUUCACCGGUCCGUUCACUUGUGUCGUCUACCUACUUUCUUCUGCUGGGUAAUCAAGAUGUUCUAGUUUAAGUACAGUAACUGGCCAUUGCAAAUUCCCAAUAGUUAAUAAAAUUGCAAAACACACUACUGCAUUGUAGCGUACAUGGCCUCCUUUACCCUUAUUCACAUAUUUGCACUUCUCAGCUUCACCAUCAAUUUCGUAGCCACUGAAGCACAGUUCGGCUAUGAUUUUUCGGGCUAUAAUUGUUCAGAAAGCCUAACCACUCGAAACAGCGAUUUCCAAUCGAACGUGAGGACCCUUCUGUCAUAUUUAUCUUCCAACGCCACCGCUAACAAGCAAUUCUACAACACCACAGUCACCGGUACAACCCACUCCAACACUGUGUAUGGGAUGUUCUUCUGCUCGGGUGACGUCCCCCCUGAGCUUUGCAGCGAGUGCGUGGCAAACGCAACCAAUGCAAUAUUUUCAGACCCAGAUGCAUAUCCAAAUUGUUCCUUGACCACAGAUGCAGUGAUUGGGUACGGCAACUGCAUGUUUCGCUUUUCCAACCGUUAUUUCUUCUCCGAGCUUAAUCUGUAUCCAAACUUUCCCACUUCCAACAUUUGCGACCCUAAAAGUGAGCCCACGCAGAAAGACUCGAACAGGUUUUUAUACAAAACAUGUAAGGAAGCGGUGGAUGAGGCAGCCGAAUCUCCUAUUGGUGUGAAGAAGUAUGCCACAAGGGAAGCAAGGAUGUCUGGGUUUCAGACCCUUUACUGUCAAGCUCAAUGCACACCUGAUCUCUCACCCCAUGACUGCAGAAAAUGUUUAAAUUAUAUGAUGCCGGGUGCUCAAGAUAACAGCUGUCUACCUAGGUAUCGUUUGUUAAGCUGUAGCUUGAGGUGCGAAGUCUACCCUUUCUAUCGCCCAACUACUACUCCCGCACCUCCCGAACCUGUUCUGGUCCCUGAUUCUUCCAACACAGAUUCCCAACAACCUCGUUAUCUUUCACACAACUGUUCCAGUUCCAGCAACAAAGCCAUGAUCACCGCCGACAGCGCUUUUCUGUCGAAUCUCGCGACACUCUUCACUUACUUGUCUUCCAACUCCACCACCAAGCCCCGUUUCUACAACACCACCGUCGACACGGUGAGUGGCCUCUUCAUGUGUCGGGGGGAUCUUUCUCCAGAUCUCUGUCGACUAUGUGUCUUAGAUGCAACCAAACGAAUAGCCACAGAGUGCCGCUCUUCCAAAGAGGCAGUUAUUUGGUACAAUAACUGUUUUCUUCGCUAUUCCAAUCACCCAUUUCCCUCCACACUGGAAAUCAGUCCUACCUAUCACCGCUUGGAUGUAGAAAAUACUUCAGCCCCCAAUCUGCACCAGAGAUUCUUCACUUGGACUUUGGCCAAGGCUUUAUAUGAAGCACAGAUGGAUACUGGGGGAGCGUUUAAGAACUAUGGAACAAAGGAAGAAAAACUCAAUGAUCACCAAAGCCUCUAUACUCUUGCUCAGUGCACGCCAAAUAUAGAUGGUUUCACAUGCCAAAUCUGUCUAGACAGGAUUUUCAACGAAAUUCCAUGGUGUUGUUUGGCGAGUCCAGUGGGGAAAGUAUUUUAUCCUAGCUGCUAUAUGACGUUUGGAUUGUCCCCUGGUAACACCAGUGAUCACCAAAUUGAAGCCAAAAGCCCUGCUACAGGAAAAGGUAGGUCAAGCAUGAUUAUCUUAAUUGUUUUCUUUGUGGCUCUCUCGCUGGUAUUGCUUUCCUUUUGCUGCUAUUUAAGACGGAGAAAUGCAAGAAAAAGUAGCUAUAACACUCUUCUCAGAAAAAUUUUUGGUCAUGAAAGUGUCACUUUAAAGGGCUUGCAAUUUCAUCUGAAUAUGGUUAAAGCAGCAACGAAUAAUUUUUCCCAUCAGAAUAAGAUUGGCAAAGGGGGAUUUGGAGAAGUUUACAAGGGCAUUUUGUCUGAUGGACGACAAGUAGCUAUUAAAAGGCUUUCAAGAUGUUCUAAGCAAGGUUCAACAGAAUUCAAAAACGAAGUUUUAUUAAUAGCCAAGUUACAACACAAAAAUCUUGUGGCAUUUAUAGGAUUUUGCUUAGAAGAGGAGGAAAAAGUUCUUAUUUAUGAAUAUAUGCAGAAAGGAAGUCUUGAUUAUCUUUUAUUUGACGACACUCAACCGCAAAAGUUAAGUUGGUCCGAGCGAUACAAGAUUAUAGAAGGAAUUGCUCUAGGAAUUUUAUAUUUACAUGAUUAUUCACGACUUAAAAUUAUACAUCGAGAUCUUAAACCUAGUAAUGUUUUAUUAGAUGAGAACAUGAAUCCCAAAAUAUCAGACUUCGGCAUGGCUAAAAUUGUUGAUUUGGAUCAAGAUCGUGGAAAUACUAACAAAAUUGUUGGAACAUAUGGUUACAUGUCACCAGAAUAUGCUAUGCUUGGACAAUUUUCUGAAAAGUCAGAUGUUUUCAGUUUUGGUAUCAUGGUUCUUGAAAUUGUUACUGGAAAAAGGAAUGUGAAUGCUUAUGAAUCACAAGAUGAAUCAGGUACUAUUGUGGAAGGCUUCAUGGGUUAUGUUUGGAGACAAUGGAAAGAUCAAAGAUUAUUAGGCAUCUUGGACUCCAACAUAAAGGAAAACUUUUCGGAAGUGGAAGUUCUAAAAUGUAUUCAUAUUGGUUUGUUAUGUAUUCAAGAAAAUCCAAAUAUUAGACCUACAAUGGCAACUGUGGUUUCAUAUCUUAACAAUGGAUCACUAGAAUUAUCGUCUCCACAAGAUCCAACACUUUUCAUGCAGAACAUAGGUCAUCCGAUAAUUCCUAAGCAAGGAUCAAGUUCCAGUCAAGAUAACAAUGAUCACCAUCAGGUAUCUAUUAAUGAGAUGUCUGUAAGUAAUUUUUAUCCAAGAACCGAGUUACGGGUAAGAAAGAAAUUUAGUAUAAUAGAUAAAAGUCUUUGUUUGGUGACCCUUAAAUUCUACUCCAUCUCAUCAUAUGAACCAGACUCAAAGAACCAUUCUCUGAACUCAUCCAUGGCUUCGUAUCUCAAAUACGUGAUACCCUUUAUCUUUUCUAUCACCUUCAACUUCACUGCCACCAGCGCACAGGGUCUUUCUUAUCAGUACCAAGUCUGUUCAACAAACAAAUUCACUCCCAAUAGCACCUUCCAAAGCCACCUCACAACCCUCUUCUCUUCCUUAACUUCGGAAGCCUCCAGCAAUGUCGAAUUCUUCAACAACACCAUCACGGGGACAAACUCUUCCGACACAGUGUACGGAUUAUUCAUGUGCAGGGGUGACAUCCCCUCCGACCUAUGCAAUCACUGUGUCGGGAACGCAACACAGAGACUAUCCACACACGCAGACUGCACCUUGUCCAAAGCUGCAGUGGUGUAUUACGACGAGUGCAUAGUUAGGUAUUCCAACCGUUCUUUCUUCUCCACCCUAACCAUGCAAGCUGGUUAUGCCCUUUGGAACCCCACCAAUAUGACCAACCAAGAAAGCUUCAAGAGUUUACUGUAUGACACCAUGAACAAAACUGCGGAUGAAGCAGCCGAUUUUCCUACUGGUGCUAAAAAGUUCGGCACAAGAGAAAUAAGCAUAGACAUAUUUCAGAACCUUUAUUGUCUUGCUCAGUGCACACAAGACCUGUCUCCCGGAGAUUGCAGAAGCUGUCUGGAUAGCUUGAUAAAUUCCGAUCUUCCAGAGUGCUGUGCAGGAUCUCAGGGAGGAAGAGUUUAUUACCCAAACUGCAUCAUCAGGUUUGAAAUUUACCCUUUUUUUCGAUCCCUUUCCACGGCACCAACACCAUCACCGGCAGGACUCGUUCCUCCGCCCAAUUCAGGAGAAAAUAAAAGAAGUCGAUCUCGAACAAUUACCUUAAUUGUUGUUCCCAUUGUCAGUUUGGCGACUUUCUUGAGUAUAUUUUAUUAUAUUCUCAGGAGAAGAGCGAGAAAGAGUCGUAAGAUUCUUCUUAGAAAAAAUUUUGGGGAAGAAAGUUCCACUCUAGAAGGGUUGCAAUUUGAUUUGGCCACGAUUAAAGUAGCAACAAAUAACUUUUCCCUUGAGAACAAGAUUGGGAAAGGUGGAUUUGGAGAGGUUUAUAAGGGUAUUCUUCUCGAUGGACGAUAUAUAGCUGUUAAAAGACUUUCAACAAGUUCUAGACAAGGUUCAGUUGAGUUCAAAAAUGAAAUUUUAUUGAUAGCCAAGCUCCAACAUAAAAAUCUCGUGGCAUUCAUAGGAUUUUGUUUGGAAGAAGAAGAGAAAAUUCUUAUUUAUGAAUAUGUAUCAAAUGGUAGUUUGGACUACUUUUUAUUUGCUGAUCAACAGGAGAAAUUAAGUUGGUAUCAACGCUACAAAAUUAUUGGAGGAACUGCUCUUGGAAUUCUUUAUUUACAUGAAUAUUCUCGACUUAAAAUUAUUCAUCGUGAUCUUAAACCCAGUAAUAUUUUAUUGGAUGAAAAUAUGAAUCCUAAAAUAUCAGAUUUUGGAUUGGCUAGAAUUGUCGACAUAGAUCAAAAUCGUGCAGAAACUAAUCGAAUAGUUGGAACAUAUGGUUACAUGUCACCUGAAUAUGCAAUGUUCGGACAAUUCUCUGAAAAAUCAGAUGUUUUCAGUUUUGGAAUUAUAAUACUUGAGAUAAUUACCGGUAAGAAAAAUGGAAAUUCUUAUGGACCCAACCAAGGUGAAGAAGGCUUGAUGAGUAAUGUUUGGAGAAAUUGGACGAAUCGAACACCAUUGACUAUACUUGAAUCAAAUAUGAAAGAAAAUUAUUUUCAAACCGAAGUGAUUCGAUGCAUUGAAAUUGGUUUAUUAUGUGUUCAAGAAAAUCCAGAUGUUAGACCUACAAUUGCAGAAGUUGUUUCUUAUCUUAAUGAUCUCACACUUGAAUUGCCAUCUCCUGAAGAACCAGCAUUUUUCUCUCAUGCAAUAGAUCCGAAAACAGUCAUGCAGCACGGGUCAAGUUCCAACUCAUCUGUGACUGCUUCCAUACCGUUUUCUAUUAAUGAAAUGUCUAUUAGUGACUUUUAUCCACGAUGAUAGGUUAUUUUUAUUGUAAGUAUGUAUUUACUUUGUAGAUGGCUAUCAUCUAUGAAUAAUUUUAAUUUUUAAUAAUGUGACUGUUUUGAAAAAA